AUGUUACGUUUUUGUAUCGUUUUUAUUCUUUGUAAUUAUCAAAUUGAAUGUGUUAUGCAAAAUAUUAGUUGUCCAAAUGUUAGCCCUAGAGAAUUGGAUUUAGUUGAGCUCGAUGGCAAGUGGUACCUUACGGCAGUCGCGACAGACCUCAACAUGCAAGGCGACUGCGCGAUGGUAGUCUUCAACCACAAGAAUAACAAUGCCACUGAUGUCUCUAUCAGCUGGGUGGUCAACAAUACCGCUACCUACUACAAUGGUUCUGUUGCACUUACCGUUGGCAGUAAUGGUGGUGAUUUACUGUUAGUCACGUAUACUGAUCAGAAAUCUGAAUCUUAUUCAGUAUUGGAUGUGAACUAUGAACACUAUGCUUUGAUAUUUGCCUGCUACGACAAUCCCGACGGCAACAGCAGUACAUAUGAACUAUGGAAGCUAACACGCACUCCACAUUUAAAGAAAACAGAUGCUGCCAUGUUGGACCAAAUAGUUGGGAACUACAGCCUUCAAAACACGCCAUUCUUGAUCUUCAAUAACACAGAAGACUCUUGUAAACUAAACUCUGGCAACCAUUUGAAUCCUGCAGCGCUCGUCAUGACAUCGGCCGCUGCUAUUACGUUGUUAAGACGGUUAUAUUAG